AUGAGAAUUGCCCAACAGGUUGGGCUAGAGAAUACAGUUUUCAGUGAUGAGGAAUUCCGGACACGCUACAGGAUGAGUCACAAUGUUUUCAACCGCAUCUCCAGUGACGUUUGUCGCUGUGACCAGUACUUUGUCCAGAAAUCAGAUGCUGCUAAGAAAGUUGGACUACUUCCCGAGCAGAAGCUGACAUGUUCCUUAAGAAUGCUUGCUUACGGUGUUGGGGCAGACCAAUGCAUUGAGUAUUGUCGGAUGGCGAAAUCUACCUCCAUCGAGGCUCUUAAACGAUUUACAAGAGGAAUCGUUAAUCUGUACUCGGCAGAAUACCUCCGAGCUCCUACUCCGGCCGACCUCAGAAGAUUGCUCGCCAAAGCUGAGAGAAGAGGUUUUCCUGGGAUGAUUGGAAGCAUCGACUGCAUGCACUGGCAAUGA